AAGGUAUUGGACAGCCAGCAACACCAUUUACACGUCAAGCGGGUGCAUAUGUUCUCAGCUUUAAUCUAACACGACACUUCCAUUCCGGCGAGAUUUGCUAAAAUGGAGAGCCCUCACGAGCACCAGCAGAACCUGCUCCUGUCGCGGAUCAUCACGAACGUGGAGAAGUUGAACGAGUCUAUCGUGGUCAUGAAUAAGCAACUUCAGGAGAUCAACAUUCAGAAUAUGAACGUCGAGCUUGUAGCUCAGAUGUUCAAGAACUACAGAUCAAACGUGCUCUUCCAUCUAGAGGCCACGGACAACCUCAAGCCCCCAUCAUGACGCGUUUCCCGCAAUCAUUCUCAGCCAGCAUUAUUUGCCAUAGGAAGGGUGAGGUUGAACUGUUGAAAUGUGUGAGGGUUGGCAGACGACCAGGAUAGUUGUAACAAAUAAACCGCCAGAGACAUGCUCUAUAUUUGUUUCGAAGGUACUGCUACAUGUGUUUUUCUUCUUCUUCUAAGAAUUGCCUAGAUCGCUCAGCGGGUGGUUCUCCAAUACGGAGUCCUCCGAAGUCCGUUGUCCCUUCCCCGGUGCAUGUCAUGUUCCGGAGUGGCUGUAACGCAUAGGGCAGGUGGUUAAAUCCGGCAGAAUAUUCAAGCUCGACUUCCGGGUAUCCCUC